CUAGCAGCCCAAUCCAGCCGUCUGUUCCAGAGUUUUCCCAAGGAUCUUCUGCAAUCUCUGGCUGUGGAAAACAUCACUGGCAACUUCCACACAUGGAGUCUGUCUCUACAGAACUACAGCCGAAAUGCCAAACUGAAGAGGUUCUACAAGGUGCUGUCCACUAACAACGAUGGGAAGAAAGAAUUCAUCUCCACCAUGGAAGCCCAUCGAUACCCAUUCUAUGCCGUGCAGUGGCACCCAGAGAAAGCUCCCUUUGAGUGGGUGGAUAAGCCGGGCAUGACUCACUCCCCCACUGCCAUAAGAGUCUCUUUCUACACCUCCAGCUUCUUUAUCUCUGAAGCCAUGAAGAACCGACACCAUUUCCCCAGUCUGGUGGAGGAAGAGCGAGCGCUCAUCUACAACUUCUCUCCUGUCUUCAGAGGCAUGAAUUCCAUCUUUAUCCAGAACUAUUACUUUGACUAAUUCACAGUACCUAAGAUGGAACAGACCUGGGGCUUAGUUUAGUCAGAACUCGUUAUUAUGAGAAAAUCAACUUUUUAAUACCGAGCUCACGAUCAUAAGCGGAUUUGAAAAAACGGGAAACAUGCAAAAACGAAGCUUAAAGGUUCCAUGUCAUGGCCAUUUCUACUGAUCAUAAUUCCAUUGUUGAGGUCUACUAGAAUUGGUUUAUAUUGUGCAAUG